ACUGUUUGGUUUAAGGAUAAUUGUCUUCCUUAACACAUCAGAGCGAAGGUCCACUCCACACAACACAUUACAAAAACAAAAACUUCACUUUUUUUUUCUCAUUUCUCAAACACCAGUUUGGUUCGCUGCUAUUCUUCGCCACUGUUUGUCUUUGCUUUUGGGUAUUGUAAUGGGGGAUGAUUCUUGUCUUAGUUUGGACAAGUUGAGGGCUAACUGGACUCCAUCUCAAGACCAAUAUUUUCUUGAGCUUUUGCUGUUCCAUGUUCACAAAGGGAAUAAAACUGGAAAAGCUUUUAGAAGACAAGCCUGGGUAGAGAUGAUUGAACAAUUUAACACCAAGUUUGGUUUCAAGUAUGAUGUAGAAGUGUUGAAGAAUCGGCACAAAAGAUUCAGGAAGCAGUACAAUGAGAUAAAAAUGAUAGUUGGUCAAAAGGGAUUCCAGUGGGAUGGGACGCAAAACAUGAUAACAGCCGAUGAUAAAACAUGGGAUGCAUGUAUUAAGCUCCACCCUGAUGCUGAACCUUUCAAGACAAGGGUCAUUCCGAAUUAUAAUGAUCUAUGCAUUGUUUUUGGCCACGCAGUUGCUGAUGGCAGAUACAGCCUUUCAUGUUUUGAUGUAGAUUAUGAAUACGAAGUUUUUUUCUCAGAAAAAGAAUUGGAGAAGACUAUCACCGAUAAAGGAGUGGAUAAUCAAACUCCCACUGCUGUUAUUAGUCAAGGUAAACUUGACUGGUCUCCAAUGAUGGACCUAUUUUUUGUGGAACUUAUGGUGGACCAGCUGCGUAAGGGGAACAAAAUUGACCGUACCUUCAGGAGACAAACAUGGGUAGAUAUGACAGAAUCAUUUAACAAAAGAUUUGGAUGUCAUUGUGGUAAGGUUGUCUUGAGAAACCGUUUCAGUGUCCUAAGAAGGCAUCACUGCUCUAUAAAUGUCCUCCUUGGCAAAGAAGGAUUCAGUUGGGAUAAGACACAUCACAAGGUUGUGGCUGAUGACCAAGCAUGGCAAAAAUGUAUCAGGGUAAAUCACAGCUUCCGGCUCUAUAAAAUUAGAAGCAUGCCUUUUUAUUCUGGCAUGUGUAUAAUAUGUCGCAAUCAAGAAGUUUCUGCAGGUUUCAAGUCAAAUAUUCAGAAGGGAUCUUCUGGGGGCAAUAACUCUGUCCCAAUUACUCUGCCACUUUGUAAUGCAGAUGAAGAAGCGUUGCAUAUUGGUGGUGAAAAUAACUUCAAUGCAGAUAAAGAAGCAAUUCAUAUUGGUGGUGAAAAGAAGUCUUCCAGAGAAAUCAAUGCAGAUAAUGAAACAUUACAUGUUGGGAAAAAUGUUUCUGCUCAGCUAAAAAGACAUCAUCAACCUAAUAUGCCAGCAACCUUGAAUGAAUCUAAGAAGGCAAGAGGGCAUGUGGCUGUUGCAGUUACAUCAUUAACCAAAACAAAGAACGAUGAUUUUUCUGUAGAUAAUGUUUUAAGUGUGCUUCAGGCUAUACCAGACCUGGAUGAUGAUUUAAUAUUAGAUGCAUGUGAUUUUUUGGAAGAUGAGAGAAGAGCAAGGUUGUUUCUGGCACUUGCUGCUUCUUUGAGAAAGAAAUGGUUAUUGAGAAAGCUUCGUUCACAAUGAUUGAACCUCACACAGGUUCAUUUGUAGUCAGAUUUUGUAACUUUUGUUUGACA